AUGUCAUGCUCAAUUAAGAAUCAUGAUACAUGCCUUCCCAUAACGGCGGUCAAAUUUUUAAACAUACCCAGCAGGAAAUUAAUCAUUAGUGGGAGUGGUCCAUACAUUCUCCUACUCGAUGAAUCUAGUGGCAUAUCCCUAGGUCGCUUUCGAGUGUUUGAACAAAAUGCUAUUCACGGAAUACAGGUUAUCGAGGAGCGUUGGAGGAAUGGCAAUUCCGUGACUCUCUUAGCGUGGGGAGGACAGUCCCUUCGUUUAAUUGAAUUACACUCAGACGGACCAGAUGCUACCGAAAACCUAACCGUAUCAGCAGGAAGUGUUGAAUGUUGGGCACCAGAUUGGAUUUUGGAUACAACCAUUCCUAGUACUCCACCCCAAAAUAAAGGGGGUAUCAGAGGCUUGAUAAUUACUGCACAUAAUGUGGUAUUCGCCUUGCAGUUCAUCCUUCACGAUACGAAGCUGAGGAGUGAAACCCUCAUCCAGCUACAUGAACUCGGGUCAAACCUAAGGCCUAUUCUAUAUUCUGCUGAUAUCACUUGGGAUUCUAGCUACGUCCUUGUUACUGCCGGAACAGUGUUCGGUGAGAUCAUAGUGUGGUCUUGCCAUUUAACGCCAAAUUCAGACCCUUACCAACGAGUUGAUGAUUCUAUUAAUAUCCACCGCUUUUUUACAGGCCAUGAGGGAUCAAUAUUUGGUGUGGAUAUUUCCCCAGAUAUACCGUUAAAUAGCGGAAAGGCAACGAAGAAAUUUGUUGCAAGCUGUAGCGACGAUAGAACUAUCCGCAUUUGGGAUAUAUCUUUAUGUGCCUCAGAGCUUGCCAGUGGCAGCCAUUCCUCAACUAUGGAAAAUUACACAAAUAGUCGUGGAACUGGAUUUCAUAUAACCACAACCGAUGAUACAGCUAUGGGGCAAGAAUCCUGCCUCGCAAAAGAAUAUGGCCACGAAGCUCGCAUAUGGGGAAUCCGAUUUCUUGACUUUGAGAUAUCUGACCAGUAUAUUACUCUCAGUCUAAUUUCCAGAUCCGAGGAUUGUACUUGUCUGGUGUGGAACUUGAAAAUAAAAUAUGAACUUAUUGAUGGGGAAUAUAUAUUGCAGAAAAGUGAAACUACCUUGAAGAUAAUGUCUUCUUAUGCUUACCAUGUGGGUAAAAACAUAUGGUCCAUGGAAGUGGUUGAUAAGAAAGAUUCGUUUGGUGUGUACACAGGAGGAGCUGACAGCAAUAUAACAUCCUUCCUUGUUCCUCGGAUUACUGGAGAAUAUAACCCUGGAAGAAAGACGGAGGUUUAUACCCCUGAGAGUAUAUUUGAGGAGUUUCUUCGCCUAAAUAAAAGCCAGGUUGCAGGUGCUGCGAACGCGAAGCAGCUCAGAAAUGGCGGCAAAAUAAAUUUGUUUGGCCUUGUUUCGAAGGAUUGCUUUAUUGCAUCAUUCGCCGAAGGAAGUGUUCUCUUGGGUCAAAUUUCCACUCUUAAACAGGGCGAUAUGUCGUCGCAAGAUAACCCAUUGCUACAAUGGAGCACUGUUCCUACAAUUGAAGGAAUAGGCUCAUAUGGAGCAAUAUCCGGCAUCCCAGAUCGAGAAAUUGGUCUGAUUGGUACCAGCGCAGGACAAAUAUUGUGGUAUAACCAUCAAAGGAGAACCAUAGAAAACCUGGCAGAUAUAGGCCGAAGCGUAUCUGAUAUCUUCAUAAUCCAGGCACCGAAGUGCUAUGACGGCGUUAACAACUCCCCCAUAGCAUUCAUCACAAGUUCCAGAGCGUUUUCACAUGCCGAUCUCUUUAUCGUUGAAUCUAUACCAUCACCCAAGAUCCUCGCAAGACAACAGCUCACGUUACCGGAAGAUUUUGUGGUCUCAAGUGCUCUUUCAAUUCCAUCAAUGUCAUUGCUAGUCCUUGGGGCCAGAUGGGGGAAUAUUGUGGUCUUUAAUUUUGGUUCUGAAACCCGUGUAGCAACGAUGGAGAUCCAUUGUCUGUCUUCCGGGCUCACAAGAAGAUGCGGUUACGUCCAUUUCAUACUUAAAUGA